AUGUUCGUAAAGUCAUUCCAUUCAUGUUACAGUCCACCAAACUAACCUUAAAAGCUCCAAAACGUCAAGAUGGAUCCUGUGGCGUAUGUGGAAUGGGUCGAACUGCAACACUUGAUAAGGGAGCGUUAUCCGGACCUACCCUUAGAUGAGGCGUACCUCAACGUUCUCCAUGACGCGUUCGUCAAGUUGCCCAAAGACUGCAUGGAGAGAAUGAAACCGAUGUUACCACACCUUGUGCAACAGUCGCCUGAAAUUUUGGAGUCGAUCAGUAUUUACGGUGGCCAUCCGCUGAUGAGGUUCUUCUCCCAGUUGGCUGGUAUAACCAGAAACGCAAGAUCAAAAUCAAUAGCAAGCAACACCGACACAAGAUCCUCAGUAUUGGCUGAGGCUGCUUCUAAUUCAGUGCCUGUUAGCGCCGAGGCAGUGUCAGCAAGUGCCAAGCUUGCAGCUGAUAACAUGAAAGGGGCUACCGAUUCAGCAGACUGUGCGGUCCGGCAAGUCUGCGACAUCCACGUGAUUGGAAAGUCGCUCGUCGAUCGGAUCGACUAUUACAGACGUUGGAUGCAAAUCGCCUCAGCAAUUCAAAUUGCUCAGGGGCACAAGGCAAUCCAGGCGCUGACCGAAAUAAGAGAUCAUCUUGGUGAGAGCAACAGCAUCACCGUAUCAGGUAGCGGAGGCCCUGACGGUUUUGCUCAGCAUGUCUACGAUUUUGUCAAAGAAGGAACUGAUAACAUCGAUGAGGCUGAGGGGAACAAGCAUCGUUUCUUUGUGUAUAAUCCUGACACAGACUGGUACGGAGCAUUCCGUCGACUGAUUGGGCAAAAUCCUCUUCCACCCACGUUUUGUGCCAAGUCAGAUAACUUGGAUACUUUAUGUCAGUACAUGCAAUGCGUCAGGGCACAAUGUGGACAAGGUAUUAUCUUCCACCUAUUAAUCCCCACCUGGUACUCCAUCUCCAUCAAGGAGCCCUUACAUUUCCCGGACUGCCUUCAGCCAUUUCAGGUGGAAGGAAGGAAGCACAAGGGCAAGCCGUUAGUUGAGUUUAAUCUUCCAGCAGCGCAUACUGGACUUUUGCACGGUGUUGCGAAUAUUAUCGACCCUAACUGCUCGAACGCAAUCGCAGAGGGAGUUUCGGUCGCCGUAACCGGGCCAACAGUGGGCUGGGGUAUCAAUGGUAUUUGUCUUGCUCUUGGAACGGGCUUAGGUGUCGUCACAGGAUUGGGGCCAUUGAUCGCCAUUCCGGUCUGGGUCGGAACUGGAAUACCGGCUAUGAGUUACAUAGGACCAGCUAUGAAAGAUGCUAUCUAUGAUAGUCUUUGUGAAGUAGCACCGAGGAUUUUGGGGUCUCAUCAACGCUUAGGAAUGACUCCAUAACUGGUGCUUGAUGGAAGUUUGGUGUUCUUAGGUGAAGGCAACAUUGGGAAACCGUACGCAUCGCGAAUCUUUUAUGUUCUAACAAGGCUUGACUAAACCAUCGCAGGUCUAGAAGCAAUCAUUUGUAAGCAGGAUACAGAUGAAGCAGGUACUUCGGGGGUACGCAAUCUUGCCAUUCCUGCCCUGACCUUGCGCCGGAGGCGAUGGGCUGAUCAUCUGGCACUUCAAGCAAGCGGACUUAGAAGCAUGACAGCCUCUCGAGCCCAAGCACGGUACUCGGGAUAAGAUGAUGAUAUAGUAGGCUG